CCAAGAGCUAAAAGCUAAUUUUCGUCAUUGAAAGCAUUACUUGAUGUCCAAAAUUUGGCGUCAGUUUGCUCUAAUAGAACAGGUUUUCGUUCGCACGUAUGCUGACGAAAAAAAUGAAUAUUCAUCAACGUUUUAUUUGGUUCUUGUAAAUUCAGAAAGAUUAAUCUAGCAAUACGACAGCUUUUUGUUUCUUUUGAAAAACCACCUGCAGUGAAUACUCAGAAGUCGAGCUUCGCGGCGAAAACUAAAUCGACAUUUGUGAGGAACGAAGUAUGAAGCGUUGUUUUGAGCCGAGUCAAGCUCAACAUUUUUUUAUUCUCUGAAAUUUGUUUGGUAUUUCCUCAGAAUUUCUUUGGACUCAUCCAUCGAUGAAAAUACGUCGAGUUUACGAACAACUUUUGAAGCAAGAAAAGCGAACAGUCCUCCGAUUGAAGUGUCUUUCUGGAGCAACAGCCUUUAUUGUCUUCGCUGUGUUUCUCACGACGUUUCUUAGCUCAGAAGUCGUUCGGAAAAUUGCUAAAGGUUUUGGUUUUGAGGAAGGUGGCUGCGUUGUACAAGAAUCAUAUUUUACUGGUAGCAAUGUUAGCUGCGCAUGUGGAAUGCACACUUGUUUUAGCCUCUAUCCUUGUUUACGGGUCUUGGUAAAAAUGACUGCGAAACGGACUGAAGAUGCUGAAACAUCUACGCCAGUCCUUCUGCAUAACACCAUUUACGAUAUGGGAUCUGAAGUAAGUCAAAGGAUGCCUGUUCUUCUGAGUUAACAUAAUUUUGCGUCUACGCACGGUUAAUUAUUGUUCACAGAGUUGAAUAAUACGUGGUAGAAAACGGAACACUGUGUUUUAAAGAGCAUGUAGAAUGAAACUCCCGGGCUUAAAGGAAUUCCUAAACUUGAAAACAAUUUACGUAUGAAAGGAUUUUCAAAAUUUUUUCGUGUCAGCUUCAUAUGCCAACGCCAAGACAAUUUAAACAAAUAAUCGAACGGAAGACAGCCUAAAGAAGUACAUCGAUCCCAAGUUUUAAAAACAAAAACAUAUCUACAAGACUCUAAAACCGUUCAGUCCAAAAAAAUUUCAACUUGAAAUCUAAAUUAUGAAUUGAAAAAGUGCAACUAAAGUUCAAACACCAAUUUUCUAGACCUUCUUUCAACAAGGAACUGCAAAUUGGCUAGACUAUCCCGUUUGUUUACAAUAUAACCUCAGACGAUUUAUGCAAAAGUAUAAUCACCCAUGGUGUUUCAUUAUGUUAAUUAGAAAACAAAAUACUAUCUGUUCGCGAUAGCUUGCUUUAGUUUUGAAAAGCUUCCUUCGUAAUAAUUUAUGAAUCAUUGAUGUAGAUGUUUUCUUCAAUUUCAGUGUACCUACGGGCCUCCUUGUGAGCCAAAUAUCACUAACAACUUCGCUUCUGUGCUCAAAUACAAAAACUCCAAGGGACAGCGGGAUCACCUGUUGCAGUGCUACUUUAACCCGAAUGAUCCCACAGCGGUGAUAUUAGACAAAAGUGCACAUGAAAUGAUUGCGUUUCACGCCAUGUUUUGGCCAUGUUGCGCAUUUAUAAUCGGUCUGUGUAUUCUGCUGAAGACAUAUUACAUGAGGAAAGCUCACAAAAAGCAGGAUGUUGUAAAGCCACAAGACAUUGAACUUGGAGAGACACAUCUCACCUCUAAUAACAACGUUUAUAAUUAUCAUUUCGUCAAAUGUCUUGCGGAAUAACUGAAGAGGUGUAUCAUAUUAUUUCAUGCGAAAAAUAAAUUGUAAAGCAGAGAUUUAAUAAUUUCGGAGCAUUGAGUAUAUUUCAUUUUGUCUGUUUUAGUUCCGGUUGUUCGUCUAAACCUAAGAGACCAAUAAAGAGAUUUUUAUGAAACCUUGGAGUUCCCUCUCGGCCCUGAACUCUUCCUUCUUUUGUUAGCGCAAGAGUAAGAUCGCGGAAAUAGUAGGAUAUCAAGGGCACCGCGGUUCAAGCAUCUCGUUGCAGCCUAAGUGUCCCUUAAAUGCAUCCAUUGUUCGAAGUGCAAAACACUGACAUCCCAAUCGUAGUCCCAUUCGCUGUUAGCGAUAAGAAAGGAACCAAAAUAUUGACCGUAAACUUCAAUAUUCUCAUUGUAUAUUGUUUCUUUGAUUCGUAUAUAUAACUUUGAUCCAUUUAUUACUCCAGUU